AUGUCCACACCCAAGAAGUGCCCGCCACCCUCUGACAUCUUCGCCUUUAUGGAGGAGAUGGAUAAAGCGAGGCUUCACCAAAUCAUCGCAUCACAUAUGCAGUACCCCAAGACAAAGAAUCUCAACGAGCAUGACGCUCCCCUUGUGAAGGCGAACUAUCACUGCGACGGACCCAGCCAGUGCGACUUUCGUGAGGUGCUGCAAGCCAUCCAAGAUAACCCUGAGCUGCGAGCAUAUGGCAGUCAGGCUGUUCUGAAGAAAAUCGUCGAGGACAUCCGCGACAACGCAGAAGACCACAUGGCUGCGCAUCUGGAUGGGUUCCAGAUCUACCGCUGUGGCAUCGACCUUCUCCGCUUGCAACGCGUGGACGACAAGGGGAAGCCCGUGUCGGACUCUCGAACGGGGUUUGUUGAGUGGAACGACACGCGGGAUGCUCUUUCACGAGAAAUUGAAAGGAAGCGUAUGGAGUUCUUCCACGAUGUGGCUUUGCACGCUGCGAACCCAUGGUGGCGUCGUGUUUACUCUUCUGUCUCUGUGUUUGGCGCCUCUAGCGUCGAGUGACACGCAUCUGCUUGUUCGUGUGUUCUUUUGUCGUCAACCCCCCCCCAACUUGUUCCUA